AUGAUUGCCACUAAGAGUACACUCAUCUUCUUUAUUGUGUGCAUUUUCAUUGCUACCGGUGUUCUUGCACAAGGUGGACCACCACCAUCAGGCGGUCCAGGUGGACCACAACCAUCAGGCGGUCCAGGUGGACCACCACCAUCAGGCGGUCCAGGUGGACCACCACCAUCAGGUGGCCCAGGUGGACCACCACCAACAGGUGCACCAGCAGGUCCUGCCCCAUCCGGUGCUGCCUCUCCGACUGCUCCUGAACCAAGUGGCAAGGCUCCUCCUUCUCCUACUUCUUCCGGCAAAGCUCCAGCUACGACAUCAAGCACUAGUGCAGGUGCUGCUUUAAAAGUUCAAUUUUCCAAUUUGGAAUUAUUCAGUGGUUAUUUAGUUGCUUUAUUCUUUGGUGGCUUAUUAUUUUAA